CAAAACUUCCGGUUUAGUCAAACGACGAAAUCUAUUUUGAUAUUUUGUCUAGCUAGCGACAUAGUUUAUGAAAUAAGUUUAAUAGUAGUUUAUUAACACCUCAAUCAAAAUGGGGAAGCGUCAACAUCAGAAGGAUAAAAUGUACAUCACAUGUGCUGAGUACACCCAUUUCUAUGGAGGGAAAAGAUCAGAAAUUCCAAAGUCAAAUUUUCGACGUCUUCCAUUUGACCAUUGCAGCUUGUCUCUGCAGCCGUUUGAAUAUCCCAUGUGCACUCCCGAGGGAAUCGUCUUUGACCUGCUGAGCAUCGUUCCUUGGAUAAAGAAGUUUGGCACCAAUCCCAUCUCUGGAGAGAAAUUGGAAGCGAAGUCCCUCAUCAAGCUGAACUUCGCCAAGAACAACGAUGGUAAAUACCACUGUCCCGUCCUGUACACAGUCUUCACAAACAACUCCCAUAUCGUCACCAACAAGCUCACUGGCAAUGUGUUCUCUCACGAGGCUGUGGAACAGCUCAACGUCAAGACGAAGAGUUACAGAGACCUGCUCUCUGAUGAACCUUUCACCAGACAGGACAUCAUCACCCUGCAGGAUCCAACCAACCUGGAUAAGUUCAACGUCUCGGACUUCUUCCACGUCAAGAACAACCUCAAAGUACUGGACCCUGAUGAGGAGAAGGCUAAGCUGGACCCUGGUUACCACCUGAACAGUACGAACAUGGAGACCAGAGAGACCCUGGCUGAGCUCUAUAAGGAUUAUAAAGGAGACGCUCUACUGGCCUCCACCAUGAAGGAACCACAGGCCAAGAAGACAGACAAACUUAAUGCGGCUCAUUACUCUACUGGCAGAGUGUCUGCUUCCUUCACCUCCACAGCCAUGACCCCUGCUACCGAACACACUGCGGAUGCCAUCUCAGACGACACGGUGCGUUAUUCCUAUGUGAAGAAGAAAGGCUAUGUUCGCCUCCACACCAACAAGGGAGACAUCAACCUGGAGCUGUACUGUGACAAGGUUCCUAAAGCAGGAGAGAACUUCACCAAGCUCUGUAAGAAGGGUUACUACGACGGAACUGUCUUCCACAGAUCUAUCAGGAACUUCAUGAUCCAAGGAGGAGACCCAACUGGGACUGGUUUAGGUGGAGAGUCAUUCUGGGGUAAGCCCUUCAAAGAUGAGUUUCGUCCCAACCUGUCCCACACCGGACGAGGGGUUCUCAGCAUGGCCAACUCAGGACCCAACACCAACAAGUCCCAGUUCUUCAUCACCUUCCGGUCAUGUCCCUACCUGGACAGGAAACAUACCGUGUUUGGAAGGGUGGUGGGAGGCUUCGAGGCUCUGACAGCCAUGGAGAACAUAGAAGCUGAUCCUAAAUCCGAUAAACCCAAGUCUGAGAUCAAGCUGCUGAGUGCCACUGUGUUCGUGGACCCAUAUGAAGAGGCAGAUGCCCAGAUUGCAGCGGAGCGUCAGAAGGAGUUUGAGCAGCAGGAGGAGGCUCGAGCUCAGACCAGUUUGUCUCAGAGGAAGACGAAAGCAGAGCAGGCUCCCAAGACCUUCAAGGCUGGCAUAGGGAAAUACAUCAACCCUGUGACCUCUACCACCACGAAACGUCCAGCAGUAGAGGACAGCGGACCGUCAACCAGCGCAGCCAAGAAGCCCAAAGGAAAGACUGGCUUUGGAGACUUCAGCUCCUGGUAACCCCGUGGACACACACAGCCCCGUGGACACACACAGCCCCGUGGA